AUGGUUAAAUCCAAGUUGGAGGCUGUGGACAGCAGCGGAGUGUUCAGAAAACUCAUUAGCGUCCAACCUCCUCAAUUAGGCAGAGUAAACAUGCACUACUCUGAAUUGCCCCCACUGCAGUGGGUAUACACAGAAUUCAAGCAAAGUGUUGGCCUAGCACCCAAGGAUUUGACCACUGAAGUUUACUUCUCUUUAAUCAAAUUCAGGUCACAUCUUCCUGUAGUUUUCUAUGUAAAACAAUAUUUUGAGUAUCCAAAAUGGGUAGGAGAAUAUGGAUCCAAUAAAAGACAAGGGAGAUACGAACAAAGGAAUGGACAUUCUGCCCUGCUCUGGUCUCUGGAGGCUGACCACAUGGACUGUAUCAUGGGCAUGCUUGUCUCUGGCUUCAGUGGCUUCUACAGAGACAUUGGGCAGGAGAUCGAAGAGAGGGAGAAGAGUAAAGUCAGGGCUUAG